ACUAAGAUGGAGAGAUUAAGAGCUGCUCUCAUUGUGCUUAUGUUUUUACUCUUCCAUCAGACAAGAAUCUAUGGAGAAGAAGUGGAGAUGAAAGUCAGACCAGGAGACAACAUCACUCUCUACUGUGAUCGCUCUGUAACUUCUGGUGUAGUCAUUGUAUGGAUAAGAAACUGCUCUCAUGAAAAUCAACCCUCUCUCAUAAUAAAUUUUCGACAAUGGGAACUGAAGAUAUUUCAGCGUUUCAGCUCUAUCUACAACCGCUACAGUAAUUCUUUUGAUCUACAUAUUUCCAACAUCAGUGACUCUGAUCUGGGACUGUACUACUGUGCAGAACUAGAGAGAAGGGUAAACAAAGAUGACAAAGGCAUCAUCUCCUCAUCAGAAGUGUAUUAUUAUGGAAACCGAACAACUCGUCUCUCUCUGGAAGAACAAGUGACUUCCUGUUCUGAACCCUCCGCUCCUCCUGACUGUGUGCUCUGCUGGACGCUGCUGUUCAGUGUGUGUCCGGUGUGUGUUCUCCUCUUCUCCAUCUGUUUGUUCUGCCUCUGUCGUAAGAAAACUACAGAUGCUGUGACAGAUCAAAAAGACAAGUUAAAAGGUAGAAAUACAGCUGAGUGCAUGGAUGAAGAGGUGUGUUAUGCAUCUUUGGAUGUGAUCACCAAGAGACAAAAACAACGCAAGACAAAGCGAGUGCAGUGUUCUGACUUCAGUACUUAUGCUCAGGUCAGAACGGAAGCUGAAUAGACCUAAAAUAGAACUGAAAUGGAUUAUAAAACUUUUUAAAUAUUAGAAAAGUUGCAGAUUUUAUUAUUAUGUAACUUCAUGAAGGUAAAUGAUAUGUAAUUGGAUACUUUAGAUUUUUUAUAAACUAAAACAAGUCUGAUUAGUCUGAUAUUUGGUACAGUACAAGUCUUUCCCUCUCUCUAAUAAAAGGACUUUAAAACAGUCUUUGUGGGCACACAGUGAUGGCCUGAAUAACAGGAUGUAGAAGUGGGUUUCCUGUGUUAUGUGAUGUUUAGUUUAAUGUUUGUAUAUUUCUCUGAAACCGAAUGACUACAGCAUUUAUCUGACUCAAUUUUACAAUGAGCCUAAUUUCC